UCGUAAUAGCGAAAUAAUCCACCACAUUGAGAUGGUUUAUUAUUUAUUAACCAUGCUCUUUGUGUGAACCCUCUAAGUUUUCUGCAUAUUUCCCAUCAAAUGGGAUUCUUUCAACUCAAGUAUACCUCAAACCUAAAACAAGUUCAACCGUUUUGUAGUUUGUAAGAACCCAAGUUGAUGUUAGUCCAGCACGUACGUACAAUGUACAUUACAUGUGUACGUACGUACAUACAGGACGACGGCUAGACUAGAUACGCGCUCUCCGAUCAACCCGGCAAGUGCCGCUACACUGACACUUCAUUUCAACAAAUCAUCCGUGGUUGCUCACUCUUCGAUAAAAAAAAAUUAAGGCCUUCUCCGUUAUAUCCUACCAAGUGAGAACUUCAUUUAAAAUCACAACCAGGGAGCUUCAGCAGUGUGGCUCUGUCGACGGUUAAGGGCAUACAUUCCCGACUCCACGGAUGGUCCAAGCACGAUGACUUUGAGUUUAGGAUAGUGUGUUGGAGAUACUGGUCACAGCCACAGCUUUUCAUAUUAUUAUACCACGUUCACCAUGCCAAAGACGCCCUUCAGGAAGCAUGUCAAAUUUGUAAGCAUUGAUAAUAAUGGUGCCAAUGGUCCAGAGAAUGCGGUACGAGAUGGACAAGUGAGUGCCCAGUCUCAAAGGACAGAGUCCCCGAUUGGAGGAGGCCCAUCCAGUUUCCAGACGGAAGAAAUAACAGAGAUCCGUGUUGAAGAUGAAGAUGGUGUGUCUCAACCGCACCGCUUUCAUCCUGACCACGCAAGGGAACAUUGCAGUGAAUGCCACAUGCUGGGUAAACCCCACAAACACCAGCGAGUAACCGCCACUGAUCAAGAUGAUGAUGAUGAAGACGGCUGUAUUUACAGUCCUCAGCAAGGACCCCACAUCAUCAUCCUGACGUUCCUUUGCAUUCCAUUUGUCUUUGCAACAGCUCUGGUGGUAAACACUUACCUGGGCAUUCUUACCUGGUACAACAUUUUCCUUUACUAUUACGACGACAGAGGAUGGAUUCACCGCAUCGUUGUCUGUCCUGUUCUUAUCCUGUUAUGUCCUCCCGUCAUCCUAGUGACAGCUCUGGUCGUCUCCUUGUAUUCGUCAGUCAGGCAACUGUCAUGGUAUCUCUCUUCAUGGCGGACCUCAGUGACCGACCUGGAGAAGGGAUUUUAUGCAUGGCUGUGCCACCAGCUUGGCCUACCGAAUUGCUCGCCGUACGAAGUCAUCACCCUAGACGACUACGAGGAAGAUAGCUUUGGGAGGACCACAUCAUGCACACAUGCCUCUUCUGGGUGGAAGAAAAGCAAAGCUCUGACGUGACGCUCAAUUAUCAUGGUCCAUGGCUAUCCACAGUCAAAGUGGAUGUACGAUUCCGUGUGUGCAAAUGUACAGGCUGCUGUGCGUGUGUUGCAUAGUAAUGUGCAGGUGGUAUUGUUUUUGUAAAUAGGGGCAAAUCCUUGCUCGCAUGCUGUAAACCACUCAGCACUUGUACAGCACCGUAAUAUUUCAUCCUACGGAAAGCUCAUACAAUCUACAUUGUUAGAGAUUAACUUUUCUACACAAAAAUAACCAUUCGUGACAAAUGUGAAUAGUUAAUGCAUGAUUUGUUUAUUGUCGUAUGGAUUUUUCUUUUGGUUAAGGUCUAUGACUUUCCAUAAGUAAUAAUAAUAAUAAUAAAAUUAUUAUUUAUUUGGGGCAAUUGAACAUACAACGAAACAAUCACAAGACACAGCAGGCCAUCCAGGAGAACAUUAAAGGUUAAAAUUAAAUGUCGCCAAAAGGCGUAUGCCUCCCAAGACCCAAAUGGAAAGGUAAAACAAGAAAGAGCACAACAAGAAAUAUUCAAUAUGAAGAUAAAAAUAAAAUAAAAAAUGAAUUAAAAUUUAGGGAUAUUGGAAUAGGGGAAAUUUCUCUUUUGUAACAAUUGCAAUUUAUUCAUGGCUUGCAGUUUUGAGGGAAUUUCUUUUAAACAAAAAUGAACUUAAUGGUAAAUGUGCGUGUACAAUAUUCAUAUUAUUGGCAUAUUUUUGACUGCAAGUAGUAGUAAUUAUAUCAAUUCUGUCUCCAAAUUGUUUGAUAAAGAAUCAAAUGCAAUUUUGGUGAGUGUUAAUGACUUGAUAGAUUGCAUUGUAAAGCUAGGGGGAAAUCACAAAGGAAGUGUAGACAUUCAGGGACGUUAUUUUCAUAUUGGAAAGCAGGGUAUCUAUCUAAAGUGGAAAAUAAAAACGUACUCAUAGGUUUCCAUAUUUAAAAAGCACCCUGGCACCUACUGGCACAUGGCAUCUUGAGUCUCACUGCAGGAAUACACAAAAGCCUGAGUGCUUGACUUUAGUCAAUGCUACAGAUACAUAAAGUUAAUCCUAAAGUUAACCAUAAACUUGUGUUCCCUCCACAUCCUUGAUCCUCAAUGUCGGUAGAAAGUGACUUUGGACAUGGGCAUGCAACUUCCUUCAUAUAAGCUGAUGUUCUCUUACAGUGUAUGUUGUUACUCUCUAACUCUCUGGGUUACAUACCAAAUUGAAAAAAAAAAACACUUUGCAGAGUCCUUUUAGUCAACAUUGCCUCGUUUUUUUCUGAUUGCUUAGUUGUAUGUAUUUUUUAUGGAAAACCUGAAUUUACUGCAAGCAUGUAUCAUGCAUUGUCCAGCUUGUGAAUUGUUUCCAAUAAAUUGUACCAUCGCUCAGAGUUACAAUGACUGACUGAACUCGAGUCUGACCUGAGUCAUGAAAAUUAAUGACUCGUUACAACGCUGCCAUUGCCAAGGAAAGAAAAUCAAUAAAAUGCUGGACUACUUGUAUAACCUCGACCGUAGUUCACUGCACUAUUUCUUAUUUAUUUAUUUAUUUAUUUUGUUUACGUUUACGUUCACGUUUAUGUAUGCAUCAAUUGUAUGCUGUGUUACAUAACAGUGCAUGUCUGUCAAUGCAUGCAUGUCUUGCACUCGGUGUACUAUUGCAUGCAGUAUCUGUAAUUAAAUUUUGGUCACUUUCUUCAUAUGGGGUAGCGCGGACAACCAGGAGUUUCACAAAAUUGCGGAUAGCAACCACACCGCGCCAAUGAAAACAACCGCAAUGAGCACACGCGUACGUACUGAUCAAAGAAAAGAUUGCGUAACCUGAUCCUCUGCUACUGUGUGUGUAUUUCGGCAUGGUCGCUGUUUUAACCGGCGCGCUACCUGCCAUUUUGUGAGAAUCCCGGAUGUGCGCUCUGCCCCAUACAUAUUGUGCAUGCAUACUCACUAUGAAUAUUUGCUGGUACGUGCAAAGUGAACCUGCAUUGCAAAGUUUACUUGGAAUUUUAGUGUCUGUACAUUUCUAUUAUCUUGUUUGUUUUAUGUCCAGAAAAAGGCAAUUGAAUACAUUUUCAAGACAGUAUUUCUGAGAAAAUGACUGAUUUUAGUUUUGUAAAGUACUAAAUGCUGUGAAAUAUGUGAGACAGCUUUGGAUUUCAUAUUUUUAAUGAAAUGAUAAACAUGUACAUGUAAUGGGUUAUUGGUGCUUCUGUACAUUAAGAAAAUUGUCCAAAAGAGGCCUUCACCUACAUGUACAUUGUCUCUACAUGUACAUGCACGUUACAUGCACAAGUUUGCAAGUAUUGUUGCAUUAUUUCAUAAAUAAUAGUUGGGAGGUCCGUUUGGCAAAUGAAUCGGAAUUUGAAAUUCAUGAAAAUCAUGAAAAUGUAUGCGCUGUUAGGUGACGGAGGUGAAACUGAGUGGAAUAAAACAUUUAAUCUUUCACUGAAUGAAUUCAUUCUUUCUGGUACAGGAAUAUUAUUUUUUACAAUGGCUGAAUUUUCUUUUUGUGUACAAGUUAUGGUCAUGUUGAUGUUCUGGCGUAAAAUUACUGCCAAAGUUGCCAUAUUCAAAAUCCUGGGUGAAUAACUGACAAAUUUUUAGUGAAAAGCAUACUUGAUUUAAAGAUGGUCAGGGGACUAAACUCCCUGUGAAAUUAAUCUUUCUGGCAAGCUGUCAACUUUAAGAAACAAUGAAAGAAAGCCAUUUCCAAAGACUGUCUAAAAUGCAAUUGUGAAAAAUUGCCAUUUGAAGUGCAUGCACACAUGUGCGGUUACUUUAAUUAACAUCACGUAGCUGACUUCAACGGAACGUGAGAACGUGUCCCGGACCCUAAAUUCAAGCACAAUUCAAAACGUGACUUGGCCACUGUUGAUCCGAAAUCAAAAUCUCAGAAAAUUGCUUUUCUCAGAAUAUACAGUAGGCCUAUUCACCGCAGUGAAAUUUUGACUAAUUUUGUUGCCUCAAAACAAAAUGCAUAUAUGACAAAUGAUGGACCGUAUCUCCAAAUGUUUUAAGUGCAAGCAGACCUGAUGCAGCCAAAGUGAAUCCCUUCUUGAUUAUAUUUAUACUUUUUCAUAGUGCAGGUACGUGCCAUGAAUUGGCCUGAAUAUGUUAUGGCACUUUCAUUGAGCAGAUGGCGGGAAUUUGUUCAGGCGUUGCAUGAAAAGAAAAGAUAUUAAAUGCCUUGUUAAAUGUUAUUUUUUCUUGGUCUCGAGCAUGCAAUGUUUUGACAGAUUGUUUAGGCCUUCCAAUCUGUAUUUUAAUGAUAAGUUUCUGAGUUGGAAACCUAUUGCUUUGACCUGGCUACUUGGUUUUUUACAAGUCUGCCAGAGAUGCUGAUCUUCGUGCAUGUUCUAACACCUCCUGUACACGUAUCCUUCUGAAUAAUGUACACAUCAAGGAUAGGAUAGGCAUUAAUUGUGGUUUGGAGAAGCAUCAUUAUUGUGUAAGGUGAGAAUGCCUCAAAUUGCCUUCAAAAUUUCAAUUUUUGCAAAUCAGAAGUGCCUGUUGGAGAAAACGUACAAUGUAGGGCCUACACAUUGAAUUCAAUGUAUGUGCCUACACUAUACAUGUACCUGUAUUCAUUUGAUUCAAUUCUGCAUGAAAUUUACCUCCAAUGUUCUACGCAUCUGUAAUCCGUGCAUGUUAUCAAUAUGUCCUAAUUAUAAGAGCAGCAUUUCACAUGGAAUGUGCACAAGAUGGGAACAGAUUUUUGGAAUGAGAUGAUUACUUAGAUUAGAUGAUGCAUAUGCUGUUCACAAAGAUGGUCACAAUAUGCAUGUACACGUAAACCGUAGGUGGAUGAGUUCCGAUGAGGCUUGUGUUCAUGUUACAAUGCAAAUUGAAAUCUAAUCUUAAUACUCUCAACUUCGUGACGCUGUAUUUUGAGUAAUUCAUUUCAGGUCUUUUAAGUACAUUAAUUUAAUGUGAAAGUAAGCAUUCAGACUUGUUUCAUUAUAUGUUCAUGUGCAAUGUCAUGAAACUGUCAAACAGUGUAAAUAAAAUCAAAAUCCAAACACAU